UUUAUCAAUUAAAUAAUGUUGCUAUGAACUUCCGUUAACUAAAGUGCAGCUGCACUACCCAGAUUGUCAUCAAAUUAGGAGCUCUAACUAAGCAGUUAUAUUAAACUAGAUGCUAUAUCCCACAAGCAAGAGAGCUGUUGUACGAAUAUUGGGACUCCUGUGAUUUGGCUUUAGGUACCAGUGACCUGUUUAUAUGACAGUUGUAUUAAUAAGGUAUUAAAAUGAAGUAACAGACAUUUCAGAGACAAUAUGGGCAAAUAUUUAGUUUUUUUUCCCAACAGAUAUGGUUCCCAAAGAAGCCACAACUGAAAUAGUUUGUUGGAUGUUGCCAUGGCAAUGCACAGACUGACUGACAGUCAGUAGUACAGUGCAUCCGGAAAGUAUUCACAGCGCUUCACUUUUUUCACAUUUUGUUAUGUUACAGCCUUAUUCCAAUAUGGAUUAAAUUCAUUAUUUUCCUCAAAAUUCUACGAACAAUACCCCAUAAUGACAACAUGAAAGAAGUUUGUUUGAAAUCUUUGCAAAUUUAUUAAAAAUAAAAAAACAAAAAAACACAUUUACAUAAGUAUUCAAAGCCUUUGCCAUGAUACUCAAAAUUGAGCUCCGGUGCAUCCUGUUUCCACUGAUCAUCCUUGAGAUGUUUCUACAACGUGAUUGGAGUCCACCAGUGGUAAAUUCAGUUGAUUGGACAUGAUUUGGAAAGGCACACACGUCUAUAUAAGGUCCCACAGUUAACAAUGCAUGUCUGAGCACAAACCAAGCCAUGAAGUCCAAGGAACUGUCGGUAGACCUCCGAGACAGGAUUGUAUCGAGGCACAGAUCUGGGGAAGGGUACAGAAACAUUUCGGCAGCAUUGAAGGUCCCAAUGAGCACAGUGGCUUCUAUCAUCCGUAAAUGGAAGAAGUCUGGAAAGAGCAGGACUCUUCCUAGAGCUGGCUACCCGGCCAAACUGAGCGAUCAGGGGAGAAGGGCCUUAGUCGGGGAGGUGACCAAAGACCCGAUGGUCACUCUGACAGAGCUCCAGCGUGUUUCUGUGGAGAGAGGAGAACCUUCCAGAAGAACAACCAUCUCUGCAGCACUCCACCAAUCAGGCCUGAAUGGUAGAGUGGAGAGAUGGAAGCCACUCCUCAGAAAAAGGCACAUGACAGUCUACCUGGAGUUUGCCAAAAGGCACCUGAUGGACUCUCAGACCAAAGAUUGAACUCUGGCCUGAAUGGCAAGCGUCAUGUCUGGAGGAAACCAGGUGCCACUCAUCACCUGUUCAAUACCAUGCCUACAGUGAAGCAUGGUGGUGGCAGCAUCAUGCUGUGGGGAUGUUUUUCAGCGGCAGGAACUGGGAGACUAGUCAGGAUCGAGAGAAAAAUGAAUGCAGCAAUAUACAGAGACAUCCUUGAUGAAAACCUGCUCCAGAGCGCUCUGGACCUCAGACUGGUGUGAAGGUUCAUCUUCCAACAGGACCCUAAGCACACAGCCAAGAUAACAAAGGAAUGGCUACAGGACAACUCUGUGAAUGUCCUUGUGGCCCAGCCAGAGCCCAGACUUGAACCUGAUUGGACAUCUCUGGAGAGAUCUGAAAAUGGCUGUGCACGGACGCUCCCCAUCCAACCUGAUGGAGGUUGAGCGGUCCUGCAAAGAAGAAUGGGAGAAACUGCCCAGAAAUAUGUGUGCCAAGCUUGUAGCAUCAUUCUCAAAAAGACUUGAGGCUGUAAUUGGUGCCAAAGGUGUUUCAACAAAAUAUUGAGCAAAGGCUGUGAAUACUUAUGUACAUGUACUUUUGUUGUUUUUUAUUUUUAAUAAAUUUGCAAAGAUCUCAAACAAACUUCUUUCACAUUGUCAUUAUGGGGUAUUUGUAGAAUUUUGAGGAAAAUAAUGAUUUAAUCCAUUUUGGAAUAAGGCUGUAACAUAGAAUUUGGGAAAAGUGAAGCGCUGUGAAUACUUUCCGGAUGCACUGUAAGUGUAGUAACAGUUUGAGUGUAACAAACUAUUGCUAGAAUUGGAAAUUAACGUAGCGAACACCGAAAAGGGGAGUGAAACGAACCGAGAAGUAUACCACUGGUGUUAUACUAAAUAUAAGUAUCUUGGAAUGGCACUUGACCAGUCAAAUUAGUUGACCUUAAUUAACUGUUGUAUAAUACAUCCUUACUUCACAAGUUGAGGAGGUACUAUGUUAUUAGUGUGUUUUUUUUCCAUAAUGAAAAGCAAGUUUUCAGUUAAAACACCUUGAAAUGUGUUUUUUGGGACACUUUGCUCAUUUUUACCAAACCCUUUACUAUUUGCUAUUGACUAUGCUUAGAAGUUCCAGCAUAAUUCAUUGUUAUUAAUACUGUUUGCUGCAUCAGUUCACAUGCUGUAAGUGCCUCUCAGGAGGUAUUGAUACUGGGAAACACCCCUAAAUAUAGAAACUUCAUGGGCAUGAAGGGUUAGGGUCAUAUAGUUAAUUUCAGAAAGGAGAAAGAGGAUUGGUCCAAGGGAGGGGCAUGUGGCUUAUCCCACCAGCAAACCCACCAAUAGGAUUUUGUCUUGACUAUAACAGUGCUCAAUGUAAACACAAGGAAAAGAAACCUAAACUAUAUAUAGAUUGUACUGCAUAUGUAAGUGGACCUUGUUAACAUUUUGACUGGGGAGGAGUACAGACAGGAAUUGAGUGCUUCAGAAACUUUGCCCCAGGCUUUUUUUUCACUUCAGCGAUCCAUUUUCUCUCUCAUUGUGUUUAUGUGACUGAUGGGGCGGUACAUCAGCACAAAUUUGGACAGAACCUUUGGGCCACAGAGGUUGCAGUUACUAUGUAGGAUAAGGAACCUGCACACUAGCACCAGAGUUUUGUCUCAUCUUGCUGCGACUCCUUGUUCCAUUAGGCCCCACAGGUCAUACAUGAACUGCCACUGUAAUUUUGUCUGGAGCAUUUCCCUCAAAGGAUCACAGGCGAGACCUCUGAGGCCCACACAUACUGGUCUGAAACAUGAAGUUAAACAGUGCUAUGUCCAGGUUUCUCGCAUUUAUUCCACUUCCAACAGGGAGAGCUUGAAACCAGAGGCUCCAGUUAGGGAUUACACUGACAGUAAGGCUAAUUUGCAGAUGCAAUGGAUGCAAAUAAGAUUCAGAGACUCUUUCAAGCACUUGUCUCGACAUAUCAAUGUGUAUUUUAAACAGAAAGAGAUGUCUACGUCUUGUGAUGUUGGUCAGGCUGGAUUUAUGUCUGCACUGCAGAAGCCUCUUACUGGAGUGCAAAAACAAGCACAGACCCAAAAUGCUGUUGAGGGCAAAGAGGCCAGAGAGUUUAAACGGGUGCAGUGUCUAUCCAUUAGCCAGUCUGAGGAAUCACCUUUGACCUCAGGAUAUCCGGGACUACAACUGUUUCAUAUGAGUUCUCUGGUGACCAAAUUUGGGGAAAGCUAUAGUUAUGUAGCCAGUCACAUAAACUCUGUGUUCUCGAAACAAAUCUGUAUGGAGGUGCCAUCAUCUGAAGACAUUCUUGGAAGGGCUAGGGAAAUAUCUAGAAGAACUACCAAAAAUCAGAGCACCAAUAUCAAAGAAAAUGUGUUUCCAGAAACUAGCCCCACUCACCUUAAUGCAGCUACAGUAGAUGUUAAUAACACUGAUGUUUGUAGCUCCUUAGAGGAAGGGUAUCUUCAUUUUGCUUGUCAUAUCAACCGAUACUUUGGUGCAAAAGUGACAGAUACUAUUAAGGAUUCACCACAUCAGCAAGGCAAGGACUCAGAGACUCACCUGGACCAUCAGAAAAGUUGCACAGCCUCACCGGACACACUUCCCCUCCGUCCUAAAUCUCUUUUCCAUAUGAGCAACCUCACCACACACUUUGGGGAAAACUAUGCCUAUAUGGCCACUCAUAUCAAUCGCUAUUUCCAAAGCUCUGCAGCUACAGAUGAGGAAAUGGAAAGAGAUCCAUACCGUGGAGAAUCUGGAAGUACUCUGAAGAAACAUACAUCCUUGUUCCAGGGCCUUUUCAGGAGCUACCUGGGAAGGGUUUCUAGUAGUCCUACCACAGUAGACCUUACCCUGGACAGAGUGGCAGAACGAAGACAGCUGGCAGAGGACAGGACUCGAGUUCUACUGGGCAAGCUGGAGAAAGCAAGGACAUGUUCAUCUAUCAGCUCCUGUAUAGAAGAGUUGAACGCUCACUUAAUUCUCAACCCAGCAUGCAAGAGUGUUGUGUGGCAGGAAAAAUCAACAACGCAUGUACUGAAGCAUCGACGGCUAUUUUGGAUGGAUGAGAAACUUCAAGCUGCCAUUAGAGAAACUCUAGCCCUGAUCGGCUAUGUGGAUCCACUCAAAGGCUGGGGGAUACGAGUGCUGUCCAUCGAUGGUGGUGGCACCAGAGGGGUCGUUCCACUGCAGGUACUAAAAGAGCUGGAGGCUCAGACAGGAAAACGGGUCUAUCAGCUCUUUGACUAUGUGUGUGGCGUGAGCACAGGAGCCGUUUUGGCCUUCAUGUUGGCUUUGGCUCAUUUCUCGAUAGAGGAGUGUGAGGAAAUGUACAGACGUUUUGGGUCAGAUGUUUUCAGACAGAACCCUCUGGUUGGCACUGUGAAAAUGGGCUGGACUCACUCAUACUACAAUACGGAGACAUGGGAGAUGAUCCUGAAGGAGAAAAUAGGUGACCACCUCCUUGUUAGAACAGCCAGAGAUGAGCGGAGUCCUAAGGUGUCUGCAGUGAGUGCAGUAGUGAACUGGGGUACCAGUCCCAAACCCUUUAUCUUUAGAAACUAUAAUCACUCUCCAGGAUGCCUCAGCCGUUAUGCAGGUGGAUCUGGAUACCAACUGUGGCAGGCAGUACGAGCUUCUUCUGCUGCUCCAGGAUACUUCCAGGAGUUUCCCCUAUAUAAUGACAUACAUCAGGAUGGAGGUAUCAUUCUGAACAAUCCCUGUGCUCUUGCUGUCCACGAAAGCCGGCUACUCUGGCCCAAUCAGCCCUUCCAGUGUGUGCUGUCUCUAGGAACCGGUUGGUAUGAUAAUGCCAGAAGGGGGCCUGCCACGUCCACUAGUCUCAGAGCCAAAAUCAGCAACUUGAUCAGCAGUGCCACAGACACUGAGGGUGUGCACACUCUGCUGGCGGAUCUGCUGGAGCCAAAUGUGUAUUUUCGCUUUAACCCAAUGCUGAGUGCUGAGGUCUCACUGGAUGAAAGCAGGCCUGGUGCUCUGAAGCAGCUUCAGGUGGAUACUAAGCAGUAUUUAGAGAGGAAUGAGCCCAAACUGAAACUGCUUUGCGGUGUACUGGGUGAAGAACGCACAACAUUCUGGAAAACUCGGGACUGGAUCAGUGAGAAAGCCUGGCAGCUACAGCAGCGAUGGGCAUGACUGAAUAAAUGACAUGGGUUUGAAGACCUGCUAAACUUUGCUCUGUUUACAGAGUGCAAUAUUACAAUGAGGUGGUAUCAAUUGUAAUGCUUCUUCAGCUCUUCACUUGUGCAAUGACCUCACAUGAAAUAAACUUUUGUAAAUUAUUGUCACUGGUUCUUUGUCAAGACAUAGUACACCUGAAGCUGUCACAAGGGAAAUGUGCAGUGGUGUACCAUUUCAGGUCGAAACAGGAUCACAGGACUAUUUUUUAACAUGUUUCAGUCCUCAUUUGAGAGUUAAGAAAAAUGAAUAGUUUUGCCUUUCCUGAAUACAUUGACUUUUUUUUCUUGCCAUUUAUAGUAGUUAUUUAUACCAUACAGUCUAAAUUAUGUGUCAGAAACCUGAGUAGAUAGCAGCCGUUAAUGUUCCCAGUGUUUGACCAAUGCACUGAAGGCACACAAUAGUGUCUCUGGAUUUUGAUCGAGGUUAUGUGAUGAUUUUAGUACUGUAUUAAUAUUGAAGGUAAUAAUAUGUUUUUGAACAGUUUGGAGUGUUAUUUCAGACAAAUAAACAAAUCUAGA